AUGCAGACCUUCCUGACCCAGACUCCCCAGCCCAGCGAGCCCGAUAAGUUGACCAGGGCGAAGCUCAGGCAGCACGAGCUCGAGCAACCUGCUGGGGACUUGAAGCCAGCCGAUAUCACCGCGCCGCCGCAGAACGUGAACGCCACCAACGACGGGCUGACUGCGUCCACCUUGCUGAAGGCCGUCGCCAUCGAAGUCAGCAUGAUCCAGCAGAAGCUAGAGUCCCUCAGCAGUGACGACCCCCAGACAUGCGCCGAGAUCACGUCGCAGAAGCUCGCUGCUUUCUUCAAGGGCCAGAGGCUGCAGGAGCGCGAGCUCAAGACCAAGAACAUGUGGGGCAAAGUCAAGAGCGAGAACUUCAACGUGCCGACCUCGACGGGGAAGGACAACGCGAUUGGCGCGCGCUGGGGGCAUGCUCUUCGCACUGACGCAGCCGUGCAGGCCGAGUACGCGCAGGCGAAAGGAUGGCCAGCCCAGCGUGAGGUUCGCAGGCAGUGGGCCAAGAAGGAGUAUGAGACCUGGUUCAAGACCCAGGGCUUCAAGCACGGGGUCAAGAACACCAAGACCGAGACCAAGCGCGGCACCUACAUGACGCUCCAGCGCAUAGCGCACAAAUCGGGGGGAGGCGCCGCAGGCAUGCGGCGCGCAGUGAAGAUCGCAACGAACGCCACCCUGCUUGGGGGCCACCGGGUCAAGUGGGACGAUAUGGGCGAGUGCGUGCUCUACUUGCACAUCGAGCACCACCUAGAGGACAAGUGGGAACAAUCGUGGACGCAGUGGAGCGAGUGGCGCACCAACGCCGUUGACAACAUCAGUGGCAACGGCGGCAGCAGUGGCAGCAAUGGCAACGACGUCGUCAAGCCACAUAUCCCGAAGGCUGCGUCCCACGACCCGCAUGGCACGGACUGGGCCGCGCUCUCGGCCUUUGCGCACCCGCCUGCUGCUGGGAUGGCUCCUCCGCAGCUCGUCACGAACCCCGACAAGUCCCUCCCAGAGAGCAAGAAGAGGCGCACUGACGAGGGCGGCGAUGCAGGAGGCGGCGAUGCAGGAGACGCUGGCGCGGCGCAGCCUGGUGGUCGCAAGCCAAGGCCGAAGCCGCAACCUGUUCCUGAGUGGCUGAAGAAGUUCCGCAACCUCAAGACCCUCUGGACCACUGUGUCUGGCCAGGCGAAGAUCAUCCUCCGCUUGAUCGAGUCGAAGGACCCGAAGUGGAAGUUCGCCGACUCCGAGGAGAUGCGCGGCCCCCUCUCGAGGCAGUACACUAUGGUGAUGAACAUCAUCGAUGGCGACUCUGUGACUGCGCAGCUCAUGCUGGGUGACCUGAACCAGCUCAAGGAAGACAUGGGCCAGUCUUUCGAGAAGAAGGUGCUCAAGGCUUAUGCUGACCUGCACAACCCUAUUGAGGAUGUCUCGAACGCCAUCGAGAAGCUGCACAAGCACGCGAAGAUCGAUAGGGGCGACAAGGCUGGCUCGGCAGGGAAGUGA